AAAUAACGGAGGAGGACAUCAAAUUGAAAUAAAUAAUUGUUUGUGGGUUCAUUUAUAAAGUCACCGUUUCUUGGUUUGUUUGUGUUUGUUGUCUAAGCCUCUUGAAAUAUGCCAUGUGAUCUUGCUCAGCGCCUCUCUCUUUGAUUGACUUCCCAGGGAAGCCACCGGAAAACAGCGUCGACCUCGCCGGAAUCUGACAGGAAAAAGGGUGUGGAAUUUUACAAUGAGUAGCGUGCAUAACAGCGUGGAAACUGUAAAUGCUGCUGCAACUGCAAUUGUUACAGCUGAAAGCAGAGUUCAGCCAUCUACGGUUCAGAAGAGAAGAUGGGGAAGCUGUUGGAGCAUCUACUGGUGUUUUGGUUCUCACAAACAGAGCAAGCGAAUUGGACAUGCUGUCCUCGUCUCUGAACCAGCUGCAGCUGGAGUUGCAGCUCCUAUUUCUGAGAAUAGAAACCAAUCUUCUACCAUUGUAUUGCCCUUCAUAGCUCCUCCCUCUUCUCCCGCUUCAUUUCUCCAAUCCGAUCCUCCCUCAGCCACUCAAUCACCUGCAGGUUUAAUUUCCCUUGCAUCCCUUUCUGUUCAUGCCAACUCACCUGGUGGGACGGCACCCAUUUUUACAAUCGGCCCUUAUGCUCAUGAAACUCAAUUAGUUUCACCACCUGUGUUUUCGACCUUUACAACCGAACCAUCAACUGCUUCUUUUACUCCACCUCCGGAACCAGUGCAAAUGACGACACCUUCUUCCCCAGAAGUGCCGUUUGCUCAGCUUUUGUCAUCAUCACUAGCUCGAAAUCGGAGGAAUUGCGGAACGAAUCUGAAGUACUCGUUGUCCCAAUAUGAAUUCCAACCUUAUCAAUAUCCAGGAAGCCCUGGCGGUCAUAUUAAAUCACCAGGCUCAGCACUUUCGACUUCUGGAACCUCGUCACCAUUUCCUGAUAAACACCCUAUUAUGGAAUUUCGCAUGGGGGAAGCUCCCAAAUUUCUUGGAUACGAACACUUUCCAAAUUAUAAGUGGGGUUCAAGAGUUGGUUCUGGAUCAUUAACCCCCAACGGUUGGGGAUCGAGGCUAGGGUCUGGAGCUUUGACACCAAAUGGGGGGCUCUCGAGGCUAGGCUCUGGAACUUUGACGCCUAAUGGUGGAGAACCUCCAUCACGAGACGGUAACCUUCUGGAGAACCAAAUCUACGAAGUGGCAUCACUUGCCAACUCCGACCGUAAAUCUCAAAAUGAUGAUGCAGUAGUUGAUCAUAGAGUCUCGUUCGAACUAUUUGGUGAAGACAUUCCAACUUGUGUCGUGACAGAGUCCGCCCCUUCACAUAAAAAUGCAUCAGGAUAUCCAGGGGUGGCAACAGCAGAAGGCACAAAUAACAAGGAUUUGACAACCAAGAAUGCAGAUAGUUGUAGAGAACAUAACGAUGGUGAAACUACGAAUGAAGUUCCGGAGAUACCUCUAGAUGGGGAGGGAGGGGAACUCCAUCAGAAGCAGCGUACCGUAUCUCUUGGUUCCAGCAAAGAUUUCAAUUUCAACAAUGCAAAGGGAGAAAUUCCAGAAAAAUCCAGCAUCAACUGUGAGUGGUGGACCAAUGAGAAAGUCGUUAGAAAGGAAUUAGGCCCUCGGAACAGCUGGAGUUUCUUUCCUAUGCUGCAAUCAGGGGCCAGCUGAUGCCAAACAUGUGUAUAUCUUUGGAUAAAGGUAAAAAGAAAGAACACUCGAAGCUUGUGGAACUUUGUGUUGUACAAGUUCAAACAGCAGAUGCAGUUCCUGAAAUGGAGAUCUUACAAGCUUGUUGAUUAGCCGUGUUAAUGGAUUCCAGAACCUUCCCCACUAAUCGGCAGGUAUCUCUGUGUACCAUAGUCAUUCCUGUUAGAGUAUUAUCAAGAUUAUUCCUUCAAUUAAUAUUCAGAAGUUUAGGUGUAUAACAUUAAAAUAUUUUCACUUAUAGAUGCCAUGAGUUAUUAAGUUGUAGUAUCGACAGACACAAACACUCGUGUAAUGAAAACUGCUUAAAGAAACCUAGUUCUUCCAAUGCCCUGGCUGCUGGAUCCUCA